AUGAGCAGUCACACAUCAUUACAGACAAAGACUCACAAGGCAAGAGACAACCACUCAUUGAUCAUUUUCUCCUUCGAUACCAGUGCUAACAAUCUACAAGAGUCAUUAGCGAGCAAUUGCGAUCAUGCCCAGCGAGAACUGACACUUCCUCCAUACGAGGAAUUUUUCGGUACAUCACUUGACAGUAUCGAGCCUCCCUGGAAA